AUGGAGCAGCGACAUAUGUUUGAGGACCAGCAGCAGCUAAUAAUAUUCCUGCAAGUGCACGGAGGAAUCCAUUUCCAACAAGAUAAACAGGGCCGAAAGAUUGCACUAAGUGCAUCGUUAAACCAGCAAGUUUUGGAAGCGAUAAGCCAGCGACCGGUGACGCCCGGUUCCGGUACAGCAUCGUUCAACAGUAAACUUGUUUGGGCGUGCAAUCGAGUCGAUCUAAAAGACAUGAAGACCAAGAAUGCCCCAAUAAAGCUAGAAUGCUAUGUGGUCGAACCGGGGGGAAAUCGAAAUCCCAUCGGUAGUGUUGUAAUCCCGCUGCGGUCUGUGCCGGUUGUGCCUCUUUCUCGCACGAAAACUAUUAAACCACGAUGGUACCGGCUAAUCGGUAUUGAAAAUGCACGUUGGCGGCGUGAAAAACCGGAAUUACAUCUGCUGGUCAUGGUAACUGACGAACAAUACCUCAGCAAGAGCAAUUGCCAGGAAGGAACAUCCACACCGGAUAUGAGUGGAGAUGAAGUUGUGACCGAGCCGGCACAGCCCACUACAGUUUAUCCCAUUCCAGCCCCGGAUCAGUUGCCAAGCAAUGUAGAGUUGCUCACAAAUCGCGGCCUACUACAGAUCGGUUGCAAAGAUUCGGAUACCGAUCUGUAUCUAUUCGAGCUCGUAUUUAAAUGUGCCCAACAUCUAGAUGUACUUUGCCCGGGGAUUGAUAGUUUUCGCUUGCGGUAUCUGCUAUUCGGGGAUUAUCACAUGUCCGUGGCCGAGCGGAAAGAACAGGGCUCGGCGGUGUUCAACAUCAUGGAGAAAAUUGUUAUGAACGUGCGCAGCUCUGCAUUGGCGCUUGCUGACUAUUUCCAGAACGUAUUCCAAAUUGUUGUCGAGCUGCUUCCCGAUGAUGAUCCGGCGAGUACUUUCAUUUCUACUGGCGGUGUCAUCGGUGGAGCGGUUAUUGACUUGGUAGACUUUGUAAAACCGAACCGUUUAGCAGACAAUAACCCCACACUAGAAGCAAUUCGAAACGUACCGAUAAGCGUGCGAGGCAAAAAAGCGCUACAAGCUCAGGAUGAAGACAAAAUGGAUGAGAAAUUGAUAGUUCCGUCACUGAAGUGCAAAUUUUCGUUGCGAUAUUUGGGAAGUGAUCAACCAAUACCCAGCGUAGGAGAAAACGAGCGAAAACUAAUAGAACCUGAAACCUGCAACGCUGUGGUUCAACCUGACAUGGUCACCUCUAAGACUGUAUUGGCUAAGGAAGAUUUUCUGGAAUCGGAUGCGAAAAAAUCCAAAACUACCUCCUCUAUCCAGCCUGCCGAAGCUAAAGGAACAAAGCAACGAGAGCACGUAGACGUUGAUGAGAUUUUGCUUGCUACUGAGCAGGAUCUGCGAGACAUAAGACAUACGUUUGCGUUCCGUGUAGGCGUGGGAACGGUCAAGUUUACAUCGAGUCCAUCAUCAGGCUUGUGGCAGUUAGCGCUACAGCACCCCAAGGCGGACACUCCGUUUACGAAAGUGACGCUAGAGCUGCUACCCGACGUUGCCGUCUACGAAGACCGUAUUGAGUUUGGGAAUCUCACGCUGGAGCUUCUGUUCUCGGCCCUGCCCGAUCGGGUGGUGGAAACUAUCGGUAGCGAACCGUCGAAGUUGACGAUUAAUGGACCGCACGGGUUUCAUGCUCUAGCCCGGCUUGACAACGAAAACCUGUUGAUCGGGACACGCGAACGCCAACCAUCCGGGGUGGUGGUGAUGGUGAACGAAUCUACCGAAAACGUGGCCAUCGCCUCUAUUGGCUGUGCGCUACAGGAAGUCGGGUUAAACUAUAACAGCCAGCUGGCGGUGCUGGAGGUUGGCAACUGUAACCAUCACUCUGGGCAUCCUCAACAACAUCCACCCAAGGUAUCUGCGCCUUUCGACGAAACAAUUGCCUAUCAGUUGGUCGAAGAGCAAAAGGUUUGGAUGCGCGAGCAGCGCAAACAGUUUCUCGAGCAGUUAAAGGAUAAGGAGCGUAAACACCUGCAGGCCAUGUCGCAUAACUGGAAGAUGCGACGGGCGGAAGCGGAAAAGCGACUGGUAGAGCGGUUAACACAUAACCAGGCACUGGCUGCAGCCUUGGAGGAAGCUCGCAGGACGCUAGAAAAGCGUGCUCCAGACGAAUCGUCUAAAGUUGCGCAACUCGAACAGCAAUACCGGGCACAGCUUGAGACCAUUCGAACCAAAGCACUCCGUCUCGAGCAAGAGGCAGAAGAACAGAUCGCUCUGACACGACGACAAUGUCGGGAGUUGCAACAGCAACUUGCCGAGUUAAGCCUCGAUCAGCAACAUUUAAUAGAGGCUAAUCGGCAACUCCGCAUCGAGCUGGAUCAAGAGCGCACUGAUAGAAUGCAAGAAUCCGAAGCCUACCGGAAACAGCUGCAUGAAGUUACCGAAUCCAAGCAACAUUACAAGGAGCAGUGGGCGAAAUUGACGCGAAAGGUGCACCAACUCGAGCAGGGGCUUAGUGUAACACGUUCGCCUUAUUACAUGCCGGGAAAGAAAGAAAGUCGAACGGGAAGAAGAACGGAAAUGGGCGGUUCGGGAUCUCAGAUGUCCGUGCCCCACAAUCCACGGCAAGGUGCGGGGGAUUGUUGUGUGGCCUGUGAUUGUCCCCUGGAACCGAGCUCCACUGAAUAUCCUUUGGAGUGA